GUCCAGGGCUUCCUGGCCAAGUGCUGGAGCCUGGACAUCAGCACCAAAGAGUACGCGUACCUCAAGGGCACGGUGCUCUUCAACCCGGAUCUACCUGGACUGCAGUGCACACAGUACAUUGAAGGACUGCAGAGGGAAGCACAAGCAGCUCUAAAUGAACAUGUCAGACUCACUCACAGAGGUGAUGAAGCCAGAUUUGCCAAGCUGAAUGUUGUUCUAUCCUUGUUACAAUCUAUUAACGCUAAUAUGAUUGCUGAAUUAUUCUUUAGGCCCAUCAUUGGAGUGGUGAACAUGGAUGACAUGCUAUUGGAAAUGCUUUGUGCAAAAUUAUAAAGGCUUGUAAAAUAAUGGAAGUUAGUCCAGUGCAAAGGAAGCCCUAGAGCAGAAUAGUGUAAAGUACUGUAAAUAAACUAACUUAUUGUUUUUACAUAGAUAGUAUUUUUGUAUUCCAUAAUAAAAGAUUCUUCAAGUUCUGAAAUUAAUUUUUCUUAAAAACAGUGGUUUUGGAAUAAGGUUACAGUCAUCAAGACAAACUUUAAGGUUGGGGAGAAUGUUCAUAUCCAGAGUUAACUGGCUAUUCUUUUACCACAUCUCUGAAUAAAGAACACACUA